AUGAGAAAAACUGCGCUCUACAUCAUGUCUCGACUACGUCCUUUAACCCGGAUACCAUGGUGUAGAAGACCUUUGCUCCAGGCGAAUCGCCGCUAUGUUACUUCGCAAAGCCCGCAAGCAACCACGGAAGCCUACAAUCAGUCUCUCCCUCCAGGUUGGGAAGACGAAGCACCAGCGCUCUCUGAUUUUUCAGAACUACCGCACAAGGACUUUGGCAAGAAUCAGCUUAUAGAAACAAAUGAGGAAUUCAAGAGAAGCCUGCGCGGCAUAUUGAAGCAGUUCCCUCCCAUCACGUACGCCUUCGCAUAUGGCUCCGGCGUCUUCCCGCAAUCCGACGCGACCGCAUCGCGCGUUACGCUCUCGCCGCAUCCGAACCCCCCGGAGGCGAUACUGAAAUGGCAGAAAGGAGGAGGAAAGAUAAUCGAUUUCGUCUUCACAACACGCUUCUCCCAACACUUCCACUCCCUGAACCUGCGCGAACACCGAGACCACUACUCCUUUCUCGGAAGAUUGGGAUCCGGCGUAGUGAGCCAUGUGCAGGAUAGGUACGGCGCAGGAGUCUACUUCAACCCCUACGUCACCGUAAACGGAACCAUGAUAAAGUACGCUGUCGUCAACUUCGAAACGCUCCACAGCGAUCUCUCCAACUGGGACACCCUCUACCUCGCCGGUCGCCUUCACAAGCCUGUCAAAAUCCUGUUCGAAGAACCAAACAUUCGUGUCGCUAAUCAGCGCAAUCUCCUCUCCGCCGUGCGCUGCUCGCUGCUCCUCCUGCCACAGACAUUCACAGAAAAGGAGCUCUAUUCCACAAUUACCGGCCUCAGCUACCAAGGGGACCCGCGCAUGACGUAUGGCUCAGAGCAUCCCAAGAAGAUCGACAAUAUCGUGACCCACCAGAUUCGCAACUUCCGCCUCCUGUAUCAUGACCUGAUUAUGUCGCUGCCCAACAUCUCAUACGCAGAUGAGAAGGCCAUCAGCAAGCCGGAUUGGAUGGACGACACCAAGCUGGAUCUCAAAAUCACUCAAGACAUGGAUGUAGAGCGCCGGGCCAAUAUGGUUAGGCGAUUGCCCAAGUCCUUCCGAGAGAAGGUCUACUUUCUCUACCAGCGCAAAUUCGCUAUUCCAGGCCGCGAGUUCCAGGAGAUGUUGGAAGCUAGUAAGGAUGAGGAUGCCAAAGGUGGUCUGAAAAAGCAGGUGGGCGGAGCAUUUGAUCGCCGCAUAGCUGCAGAGAAGGAUCUCCCUGCGAUGGUCACGAAGGCUAUCAACCAGACGGUAUACUGGCCAGCAGCCGUGCAAAGUGCCAAGGGUAUCCUGACUGCAGGCCCAAUCCGCGCCUGGCGGUAUUUGCAGGAGAAGAGGGAGAAGGGAAGGAUGAAGUCAUGA